CCCCGCUCCCGGCCCCGGCCGGCCAGGGAAGCGGCCCCUCCCCGGCCGCCCGCCGGCCCCUCCCGUUACACCCGGGGGAAGGUGUUCCCGAGACCGCUCCCAUCCUCACCCCGCCUCCCCGCUUCCCCGGCUCCAGCCUCCGCCGGCGGAGCUCCACUAUGCCAGACAGUUUCGACACUUUGCAAAGACAAAGACCAGAGGGAGGAGGAAGAGGAGGACAGGGAGGGCGAGGAGGAGGAGGGAGAGGAGGACGGCGCGAUGUGAGCCUGGAAGGGGGCCAGUGCUCGGGACAACCCCCCCUUUAGUCUCCCCGGAGCCCCUCAUCUCCAAAGCCGCCGAAACUCCAGCGUGUCUCCGGCUGCGUUGGGACCGUUUUCAGACUCCACCUUUCUGACCCGGAAAUGCCAGAAGUGAUCAUCAUCGCCAGGGGCUGUGGCGAGCAAACGUUUUGAGCUUUGUGGCCAGGCCCGGAAGUGGACCUUCCCUGGGCAUACUUAGAUGAAGAAGCCGAGGCUCAGAGAGGUUGAGGCACUCCCCCCGAGAUCGCACAGCUGGUGCCGCAGGAUGAGGCGUCUUCAUGAUGGCCGAUGACGCGAGGCGGGAAGCCAUGACAAGAGGAGAGAGCCGGCUGGAUGUUCCCCGUCCCCAGCAUCUCCCUACGCGGUUUCAAAUACGAACACCACAGGGUGUGGCAUCGCGGCAGGCACAGGACGCACAGCACAGGUUUUGAGUCCAGGUCGGAUCUGGAGCCCAGCCUUUGCCGGCUGCCCUUGAGCACGUGCCCUCAGCCUUCAAGGUGAAACACCAUCGCUCUGCCGGGCUGUUGCGAAGACUGAAUGAGCCCCGGCAGAGACGUGCAACCGGCUAUCGGCACACGUCGCGGACGUCAGCAGCAGGUGUCCGGGCCUCCUUCCCGACCUGCAUUCGCGUGGAUUUCUCCACGACUCACCAGCUCCGGGACGCCAAGGCUAGUAUCUCAUCCCCUGCCCUGGCUGCUCCCGGCUCUGGGGACGCCUCCUCCACCUUCCCACCGUGUGCCGGGUCACCCCCGGCCUCUGUGCCCUGCUCUCUGGACCUCUGCUGCCCCCGGCCGCCCAGUGCCGUUAGACUCUUGCGUUGAGCCUCACCGGUGCUGCCUGGUUUCAGCUGCGCCGAAGGCCCUCCAGCCCACGAUGUGACCCUCACCCACCUACUCCAGGCACCCGUGUUCCCAGUCCUCCCCAUGAGCUGCUCCGAAGUCCCUUGUCAACGGGGCAAGAUGUCCCCCCAACCCCCAGUGCGGGCUCAGGGUAGGGGGACCCAUACAGAUGACUUGGGCCCAGCGUGCUGUGGAAUUGAAUGGGUGGCCCUUCCUGAUGACAGCUGCCCUUCCUCUCCUCCCCGGUGGGGCUCUGAGGCAGGACAGCUGUAUCCCAGUGACCCCACUGGCCACCCUGAAACCCCUCAACCCUUGUUUUCUGGGGAUGGUUCGUGCCAGGCUCGUGCUUGCCUAGGGCUCCUGCCCGUCUCCGAACCCCGGUGGAUGCUGGGCUCCUCUCGCCAUACUGGCCGCUGGGUUUAUCCUGUAGUCUGAAUCCCCAUUCUGGAUGUCACUGGAGAUCGUCACCUUAACUCUUUCAGGAGUCUUCGUGAUGCCCCUGCACAUUAAGAGUUAAAAAAAAUCUCUCCUUGGAAGUCGGAGCCCAGGAGGAAAGUUAUCCCUUCAAGGUACCUACCUGUCAGCUGUCUAAACCUUCCCGCCAAACCCGCCAGGACUCCACCUGUCAGGUACCCAGGAGCCCUUUAGAACCAGCGACAGACCCCCGAGGCGGGGCUGGGGCGGGGGUCUCAGAGUCCUGAAUAGUCUUUCCUUUGUCGGGACUUCUGCACCACCUAGAUCGGGGAGAUCUCUUUCUUUCUGGGGCCAGGCGUGAGCCUCGACGUGCAGCCCCAACCGUGUUACAUGCUCUGCACGUUGCGUGGCUGUCUUCAGACUCUGAAUUGAGCACGGCUCAGUCUACACGCAUAAGAAGAUUUGCGGAUUUGCAUUGCUGAAAAUAUGAAAAUAUAUCCACUGCUUCUCGUCUGACCCUAAUCCCGCUUAAUCGUGUUUCUCACGGGCACGUCUCCAAACGUCCCAUUCUGAACCACUGUUUGUGCUCCAGGGAAUCUGUGUUUUCCCCUCCAGCCGCCCCCCAGCGAAGGAGCAGGCAAGAGGUACCAGGGGUAAGGAGAGGAGGAUUUCCAUCCGCAAGAAGGGGGCUCUCUCGACCUGUCAGCACCGCCUGGGUGUGGGGGACCCGGGCGAACCGUCGAGUCAGCGCGGGAAGGGGCGGGGAGACUCAGGCCCCAAAGGAGAUGAGCUUCCGAAGCCACCAAGAUAGAGACAGGGCUCGUCUUCAGUCUCCAGGGGACGCCGUGUGCACCCCAUGCAGUCUCGUUUCCAUAUGCCAGUCGCAUCACUGCUGUGUGCUGCUCACCAACCAUCAGUGGCUCCCAAUGCCUUUAUCUCAAGUCUACAUUCCAAAAGACUUACCCCCCCACCGCAGCCACUCAGAAGGGCACCCUGAUUUCCGUAACUGCGCGAGAUGCCCCCAUCAUCACCACCGCCGCCGCUCCAGCCGCCGUGCACUUUUUGGGACCCCACCCUCUCCACCCUCCUCGGUCUCCGCGGACGCCUCCUCCAUGGAGCCUCCCUUCUUUCUCCGGUUGUCAUCAGCCCAGCACUUCCGAGUCACCGGGGCCCUUGGGCGUGCGGAGCAGAGAGUUACACGUAUGAACUGCCACGUGCGGGAUCCCAGUCUGGCCUCGCCGUCUGGAGGUGAAGAGAGGCAGGCCCCCUGGUGUGGGCAGUAAAGUACAGGUGUCCCCACAGGUGACAGACGGCCCUCAGUGCCUUCGUCAAGCAGGCUGCUUAAUGGUGACAGCGUGGGAAAGACCGGGUUGUAAUUAAGUAUCAGCACACAUCAUCCCUUCCGGAGGACGGUGGCAAAGACACCUUCCCUCUCUCCUGCACCGUGACCCUUCCUUUGAGGUCCUCACCACCCUCCCCCCUCCGAGAGUCCCUGCAUCUGUCACAAAGAUUAAUUGCCCCUUAACCCCUUUGGAUGGGAACGGAAAUCAUAUUAUUAAGUUUGAUUAAAGCUUCGAGAGACACUAUUGGCUGUUUAAGGACUGCUGACCAAGCCGCCUGCUUAUCUCCUGGAAAGACAGAUUAUAUGCGAGGGGAAUCAACCUCACCCCGAGUGGUCACUUAGCCGCCGGCCGUCACAGGGUGAUGUCCGGCACACUGGGGUGGCCGCUGGCCCGCGGGAGCGAAGUCGGCCGCAGUCCCCCUGGGAGUCCCCGCCUCGCCUUGUGACCGAGCCUCCGUCCCUGGGAUUUUUCUUCCGCGUCCCCCCCUCCCCCAACUCCCGGGCGUGAUUUCCUCCAGCCCGUCCCUGGGAGGCGUCCUUCCGGACAGAGCAGAAAUGGUGACCGUGAGGAAAAGGACCCUCAAAGUGCUUACCCUCCUCGUCCUCUUCAUCUUCCUCACCUCCUUCUUCCUGAACUACUCCCACACCACGGUGGCCACCACCUGGUUCCCCAAGCAGAUGGUCGUCGAGCUGUCCGAGAACUUCAAGAAGUUCAUGAAGUACGCGCACAGGCCCUGCACGUGCGCCCGCUGCAUCGGGCAGCAGAGGGUCUCGCCCUGGUUCGACGAGAGGUUCAACCGGUCCAUGCAGCCGCUGCUCACGGCCCAGAACGCGCUCCUGGAGGAGGACACCUACAGCUGGUGGCUGAGGCUCCAGCGGGAGAAGCAACCCAAUAACCUGAACGAUACCAUCAAGGAGCUGUUCCAGGUGGUGCCUGGGAACGUGGACCCCCUGCUGGAGAAGAAGUCGGGGGGCUGCCGGCGCUGUGCCGUGGUGGGCAACUCCGGGAACCUGAGGGAGUCCUGGUACGGGCCUCAGAUAGACGGCCACGACUUCGUGCUGAGGAUGAACAAGGCCCCCACAGCGGGCUUCGAGGCCGACGUCGGGAGCAAGACCACGCACCAUCUGGUGUACCCCGAGAGCUUCAGGGAGCUGGGGGAGAACGUCAGCAUGGUCCUCGUCCCCUUCAAGACCACCGACCUGGAGUGGGUGGUCAGUGCCACCACCACGGGCACCAUCUCUCACACCUACGUCCCUGUCCCCGCGAAGAUCAAAGUGAAAAAGAAUAAGAUCCUGAUCUAUCAUCCGGCUUUCAUCAAAUACGUCUUUGACAACUGGCUGCAGGGCCACGGGCGAUACCCAUCCACCGGCAUUCUGUCCGUCAUCUUCUCACUGCACGUCUGCGAUGAGGUAGACUUGUAUGGCUUCGGGGCAGACAGCAAGGGGAACUGGCAUCACUACUGGGAGAACAACCCAUCGGCGGGGGCUUUUCGCAAGACCGGGGUGCACGAUGGAGACUUUGAGUCCAACGUGACGGCCACCUUGGCGUCCAUCAAUAAAAUCCGGAUAUUCAAGGGGAGAUGACGCUGCAAAGGAGAACUGAGGCACGCCUCUCUGUGUCCAGCCCCAGCCUCUCGCUGGGGCCCUUCUGUCCUGGGAGCUUUGAGGGCCAGCCUCGGGGGUAGGGGCGUUCAGGUGCCCCUCGCGGCCUCCCCCGAGCCAACAUUUGGCAGCGUCUGCUCAGCAAGGUCCCCGAGCCCCGCCGGGUCUGCGAAGGAAGUCUCAGAACUGGUCUUAGAUGGAGAGGGCCCCUCACUGCUGUCCCGGAGCUGGAGGGAGGUGGGGAGAUGCGGGGGAGGGUCCGGUCUCCAAACACCGAGGUCCCUAUGGCUUCUGGGGAGGGGGCAGAUACUUGGGACUGUGUUCUAAAGGAAAGGACAGUUUUCCGGGACGGAUGGGCGGAGACUUUUCCUCUGCCCGGGGACCCAGGGAAGACCUCAGGACAGAGCCGUGUUGGACCAUGUGGACACUGGGGGCAAGAUGGCGCCUUUCUUUGCACGAUGCCCGGCCCCUCCCUCACUCGGCUCGACAACCCCCCGCCCCCCGCCGCCCCGCUGUCGUCCCAAAGCUCAUUUACGGUGGCCGGAGAGGCUCCCCGCCCCGAAGGUCUUCACAGACUCGUGGCAGAGCGUUUCAGGCCCCGGCAGAUGUCUUCUUCCCCAGCCGAUGUCCCUGGAGCGAUGGAUCUUUGUGGCUGUAACCGUGGCUGAGAGCAGAUCUGACCACUUCCGCGUGCCUUUGUGUCUGGGGAGAAACACGCGCAUUGGCCGAAACAAGGCAAAAGCCUUGACUCGGGAGAGGGGACCCCCAGCAAUGCCGCCCCCUUGCCCUGUAGCUCGGGGGCAUCUUUUCUAGUUUCCUGAGGCAGCGCCUGAGUUGGAGCAGAGCUGGGAUGACGGGCAGUGCUGUCCAGAGGCGCGUCAGCCGCGGAACAUCAUUCUUGCUUACAUUCACAGACCGUUGGAUGUGGCGCCCAUGACCUUCCAAGGCCACGCGUAUAACCUCCACCAGCCGGCACUUUCCCCAGGAAACCCACGCUCUGGGCCACGUCCCUGCUGGCCACCUGCACGGUGUCCUGAGGGCUGCAGGGCCAUCCCACGAACAUGAGUUUCAGAGCGGGAGAAGACAUACCUCAUUCUCUCCCUCCCGGGCUGCUCUGAUCUUUCCUCUUCAGCCUUCCUGAUUAUUUAUUGAUUGAUUCUUUUAACUCCGCUGACGUCGUGUGCACUUUGUGGCUCUGUGGCUGGUCCUGACGGCUUAAUUGAGCUUGUUCUUGCUUCACCUGGCAGCCGGGGAGUGGGGGAACUUGAAUCUAGGUUCUUGGGGAGCUUCAGACUCGGGGUGGGGGGCGUCUAGGGCUUGGGUGCUUGCCGGUGGGCCGAUCCCAGGGUUUCAGGUUGGCAGCUUUGCAGGGUGCUCCAUACCUCCUUCCCUUCGGCCCCACCUUCCUUCCUCGUCAUUGUGGAUUGGAUUCAGUCUCGGGCUAAGAAUCUCCAAAACAGAGUGGGACUCCCUUGGGGCCGGGUGGGGAGUGGGGUCACACGUAUAGGAGGACAGUGAUUGUUGGCUCUAGUUACUGACCCUUAAUCAGAAAAAACCGCUUUUCCUGUUGAGAGCGUUUGCUAACAGGCCAUGCCACCUUGAGGAGGCGUGACAGCUUCCUGGGGGAGCGUGAGGCAUGCCAGUCUCGGAAGCCACGGGGCCUGUCUCCUGCGCUCUCGCGGCUCUCUGGCAAGCCCCGUUCUCCCGGCUGCAGCCUCUCCCUCUACAAACAGGGAAGGAAACAUGUUGUCAGCUCCGGGGCCGCAGGUGGUAUUAGACAGUUCCCAGGGGUCCCCAGAAAUGGCAUGCCGCGUUUGUCUCCCCCCAAGCCUGUGCAUAUGAGCAUCGUCACCGGGAGAGAUUCCUUAGCCUUUAUUAGAUUCUCAGAGAUUCAGAAUCCAGAAUGUGAUGUAUAAAAAAAAAAAAAACACACACACACACACAAACGACGUGUGCCCGUUUUAAAGUCCUCCAAAGCAUGAGAGUCUCGUGACCGGUGAAGGCUCAUCAGUCACUGUGAGGUCGUCAUCUUGAUCAUCCACGCUCAGAGACUAGAGCAGGCAUCUGUCGAUUGGCUGAUUGAGCCCAGGCACAGCCCUUGAGAACCGUGGCCACUGAGACAGGGAGCAGGGUGAACUCCCGAGCUCUUCCUGGGUCCAUACAGGGGUGACAGGUUCAGGGCGCGCAGUCGGCUCCUGGGCGUUGCUGAGUCAGAACAGGUCCCCGUGGGGAGGAGGCCCAGGCUGUCCGGCCCGGCUGCCCGGUCCUGGCCGUCUCGCCCUCCCGCUAGGCCCGUUCAAGCCCGCCUGCCUUCCCAUUUAACAGAUCAGAAAAGCAGGACCCAGGGAAGGGAAGCGACUUGCAAAAGUGAACCAACAAUCGUGACAGCACGAGUCAACCAUUUUGAGCAAAACCAGGAAAUCGUCGGCUCUCUGUUUAAAACAUCCUGAGGUGGGCUUUCCCAGCUGGGUUCCAUCCAGCAUCUCAGAGAACUGUGAUGGGGGGUGGGCCUCUGCCUUCUCCCCACCUGGCUCGUCCCCAGGCUGCCCAUGGUGGCCCUGGCAAGCCCUGGUGUCUGCCUUUUGCCGCCAUCCCCCCAGUGGGGGAGAAACCUUGCUCCUCCCAGUGCCCCAGCACACGUUUGUGUUCAUUGGCUUGGCGAAGGGGUCUAAACCCAAUGCGCUCCAAUCAUUGGGACUGGGAUCGAAUGCGCUGAUUGGCUUAAGCCAGUUAGCGUCUCUACCCGGGGUAAGGAUGGCUGAGAAUUGGGCAAGACUGUUUCCCACAGAGCAUUGAGCGUGCUGUGGGCGGGAUAACGAGAAACCCCCAGCCAGAGGAGGCUCUCGAGUGUCCACCCCACUCACUGUUGGACUCCCAGCCCAGGGCUCUGCCGGGUCUCCAGGCACAGGGCUCCUGGGAGGCCAGCCCCGGGCCCCAGGCAUGGAGCAGAGGUGUCCCCACCCGCAGUCAUCAGUGCUGAGCCUAAAGCCAGGAAGAUGGGGGCUGAGGAGGAAGAGAGAUCUCGGCGCUCUCUCCAACCCCCAGUGAGCCAGGAGUCACCUCCUGCAAAACCAGCACCUGCUUCCACAGGCCCCCCUGGAGCCCCUGCCCUUACCCCCUCCCCCCGUCAGGGCACAAGGCAGGGCAGGUUUGUAGCGUCUGGCCCCCAGAGCCAUCGGGCAGCAAAGAAAGUUCUUAAACCCAUGCCUUUUGAGACUCUGGCUUCAGCGGGUGUCGUCGGGCAAACCCCACGGGCUGUGCUCCGUGGGAGAAGCCAGAUACAAGGAAACAGGACUUAAAAUAGGGAGGCCAGACAAGAAGGUGGGGAGGGCGAUUCUUGUAAGUGCUGGGGGCAAGAAGGGCUGGGCGUCUGGGUCAAGGGUGGAGUGGAGUCACGGAGAGUAUUUCGAGCCGUGACCUCUGCUUUAAGUGUUCUUGUCAAGGCAGCCCGAACGCGAAAACGGGAAACGGAAAAGAGCUCACCGUCCCCCACCUGGGGAGCACCAGAAACGCUUCCUCCAGGGAAGGACAAGCCCCGAGUGGCCGCUGUCCAGCGACAGAUGGCCGGCCGCUGGCCACGUGCCAUCAGGAGCCAGCAGCUGCCCCUGUGCCACCCCCCUGCCGCCCCCCAGAGCUCGGGGUUAGCACUGUGUCCAUCACGGACAUCUGGUUGGAAGCAGACGUGCCCACAGGCCAUGUGGUCUGGGAGACGGAGUCAGCUUUCCGCUUUCUCGUCCUGAAGAACCUCCGCCUCUGGGGCACAGAGAAGAGAAGGUGCUGUGGCAGGAGGGGCAGAGACCCCCCCCCCCCAAAGUGGCGUUCACAGCUGGCAUCCGGGCAUUAGCAGCUUCCUUGCUCAUUAGACGAGCGGCAAUGUGCUUCCCACAAGCGUCCAGCCCACCCCCCCCCACCACUUUCCCUCUCAGCCCGUCAGAGACCUGCACUGGUAUUGAACUUGACCCCCUGGCUCAGCCGCCCUCAUUGGGCAGAACUCCCAUUUGUGUCCACCUGCGGAUGGCCGUGACCCCGACGCCAGCUCUAACCUGCCACCUCGCCCCCUGCCCCCCCCCCCCCCCGGAGGCGAGCGCCCUCCCCAGCCGCGUCAGCACGUCGCUGAACUCACGUCCAAGCCAAAGUUUCCCGAGCGCUUUCCGCUCCUUGGGUUCCUCGUCGUCGUCGUAAAAUUUGCUUUCUUUUCCCUCUCGCCUCGUGUUUGUUUUGUAGCCGAGCGCUAAUCUGGAUGCAUUUGGAAUGAAGUUAGCCAGAGUCCGCCUUCCUCAGCCUUUGCUCUGUUUUAUUUAUUGUUGGACAUUUCCAAUGAUCCAAAUCAAAGUGAAUUAAAAAAAAAAGCUAUUUUAU